AUGAUGUCGAGAAGCCAGUCGAGCCUGGGCCACCUGGAUAACUUCAGAGAUGAGAAUCCUCACUCUGGAGUGUCUCCAGGUACGCCGGCUCCGAGUUCGUCGUCAAACCCGGUCAAUCUGUCGGGUCUUGUGUGCAAUGUUCGCCGCACCUCUGGCCGGGAACCCCCUCCUCUUGUUGGAGCAACUACAACGAUCCUAGGCGACAAGCUCUAUGUCUUUGGAGGCCGCAUACUGUCGAAAACCCGCCCACAUCUGACGUCGGACAUAUACGAGCUGGACUUGAUCCGACGUCACUGGUCGAAGAUCGAAGCCUCCGGCGACAUUCCCCGCCCUCGAUAUUUCCAUAGUGUAUGCGCACUUGGUGACAAUAAGCUAGUAUGCUACGGUGGAAUGUCUCCUAUUGCAACUCCGCCCAAGGACAUGACAAAUGGGCAAGAGCCGCAACCGGAAGUGGUUGUGAUGUCUGAUGUCAAUAUAUUCGAUGUUCCGACCCGAUCCUGGACCCGAAUCAAUACGCAUGACUCCCCGCAGGGGCGAUACGCGCAUUGCGCAACGAUUAUACCUUCCAGUGCCUAUUUCACCUCGGCAACUGCUCCGCUCUCGGCGAUACAUCACAAUCCCGCCUCUGCGAACCCUCACCAGGGCUCCAUCGGCGUAGAUAUCGAUGGCCUUGGCGGAGCAGAAAUGGUUGUGGUAGGUGGUCAGGACAGUAUGAACCGCUAUAUUGAGCAGAUCAGCGUAUUCAACCUGCGGAGUCUGAAAUGGACGAAUACGAGCCCUCUGGAAAAAUGUUGCGGCGCGUAUAGGAGCGUAGCUGCUCCCUUGACUGGCAUGAGGUUGUCUGAUGUCGGGAGCACGUCUGUCGAUGCAGAAGCCCAGGACCCAACAGAGGACUUGGGAGCUGCAGGAUGUCCGAUGUUGAUCUACUCCAACUACAACUUCUUAGACGUCAAACUGGAGCUUCAAAUACGACUACCGGAUGGCCGUCUGAUUGAGAAGCCUAUGCCGAGUCAGGCGUCCCCGCCUGGUCUGCGAUUCCCAAAUGGAGCGGUAAUAAACGGGCACUUUGUAGUGAGCGGUACUUACCUCACAUCUUCGAAGCAAGAAUAUGCGCUCUGGGCGUUAGACCUGAAGAGUCUCACUUGGGGACGGAUUGAUGCUGGUGGGUCUGUGUUUGGGCAGGGUAGUUGGAAUCGUGGUGUGCUGUGGUCGAGAAGGAACACCUUUGUUAUUUUGGGACAUCGAAAGCGCAACCUCGUUGAGGAUUACAACCACCGUCGCAUCAACUUUACCCAUCUGUGUAUGGUUGAGCUAGAGGCCUUCGGACUCUACAAUAAUCCAUGCAAAACCUCUCCAACGUCCGCAUACAUUUCGCACAGCGCUCCUGCUGUCCCUGCAUCCUUCCAGUCGAAGUUAGCCCAGCUUACAUCGGGCGGUCGCCCGUUUUCUACCGCAUCCGCCGAGCUAGGGCGACUUGCGCAGUCAGUUCCUGAAAUGGCCGAUAUGGAGCUCCAAGCCGUAGGUGGAGAGCGGAUAUCUGUGAAUUCGAGAAUUCUGAGUCGAAGAUGGGGACCAUACUUCAUCCAAUUGCUCCGCGAAUCGUCUGACACAGCAUCAGACUCAGCAACCCUUCGCACCAAUCUGCAGCCUUAUCCCAGCCGCAACUCCAGUAUCACAAUAACACCAUCAUUAGACCACGGCAGUAUCUACUCCAACGCCACAACUCUCGCCAGCAACAGCAACAACCCAUCGAAAUCCCUUUUAGCGAACCUUGAACUACCCUCCGCCCACAGUCUUCCUCCCACCUCCCGCCCCCGCGUACUCUAUCUCCCUCACACCGUCCUCACUCUCCAAGUCCUCGUUUUCUACCUCUACACCUCCGCCCUUCCACCCGUCGGAUCCCCCCUCUGCACGCCUCAAAUCCUUUGCUCUCUCCUCCAACUCGCCCGCCCUUACCAAGUCGACGGCCUCCUAGAAGCAAUCGUCGAACGCCUUCACCAAGUCCUCGACGGCCGCAACGCAGCAGCCGUCUUCAAUGCCGCAGCCAUGGCCGCCGGCGGCGGCAGAGGUACCGGUUUCAUUAGCGGGCCCGGCGGCACCCUCGAAGCCCUCAACGGCGCCCACGCCGCCAGCGAGCUCGCAAAUGCCACCGCCGCUCUCUCCCUCACCGAUAGCCGCAGCCGCAGCCGCCUCAACUCCGACUCCUCCGACACAGAGCACGGCACCUCCGCCCUCUCCGUCGCAAGCAGCAGCGCCGGCGGCGGGUCCCGCGGUAUCCCCCUCCGCAUCAACACGAACGUCUUUUCCCGCCGCCAACGCGAGCGCGAGGACUCCAUUAGCAACGCCAGCACGUCUUCCGCGUCGGCCACGAGCUACGAAUACUCAGAUUCCGAGGGAAUGCCUGCUGACUUGGCGCGCGCUUCUCGGAGGAGACGGGGUACGCACGGCGACAUUGAAGUUUGGACGGGCGAUCUCAGCAGCGUGAUUGGGUUGCAGAAGCGUGGGCUUCGUGGGCUGAUGGAGGGCCGGAGGUUGAGGGAGCGCAGCGCGAAACCGCCUAGCUCGGGGCAGGCUUCUGUUGCGGCGAUCCCGGUCGAUCAGAACCCUCUUGCUGGUGGUGCCAAUGUUAUAUGA